AUGGCGCAGCAAGAUCUCGUACCCAUUGGAAUUGAGACUGAUGAUUACUGGGUCCGAAUACGAAGCUUGAAGAGCGAAGGGGAGGAGGCCAUAUUGGACACAGACGACCUGGUCUGCGAUGUAGCUGAUGAUAGAGAAAAGCUUAUAGCCACCUUUGAUGAGCAGGACGGGCCCCGCCACACCCACCUCAUCCCCGACGGCACCAGCACCUGCGCCAGCUCAGUAGGCACGGCCAGCCCGCCGCUGACCUUCCACAGCCUGGACAACAGCGCCCACACGGUCUCAGCGGUCAGCGUCAACGGCCCGACCAACAACAGCAACAACAACAGGGUGAUGCUGGCCAAUCACUACGGCGACUUUGACGACACUGGUGACGACGUGGACGUGGUGGUGACGGGGGACGAAAUUUCCACAGACCCCAAGCUCCGCGUCCGUCGCGGCAGCGAUCCCAUAAUGCCCGUGGUCGUCAACGGCGACCCAGAAAAGUGGAACGGCACUGACAGCCAGCCAGUGGACUCGAAUGCAAACAGUAUCUCCAAACAUGAGAGGCAACCGAGCUUGGAGAUGAUAAAGAAACGACGCAACAGCCGCGACAACGAAUUGAACAGCGCCUUCCAGCGGUUCGGACGCAAUUCCUCGCGACAGUCCAUCUCCAACACGCUUGACAGCGACGUGAUGUACAAGUGGGCCGAGGCGCAACAGAAAAUGGAAAAGAGUAAUGACACAAACGACGGCACGAUCAACAUGGAGAUGGAAGAGAUCAUCAUCAAAAAUGACGGCACGCCCCUCGGCAUCCAGAUCAUUGCACGGGUGGAGCAUGACGAUGAUAGUGCAUAUGGCUUGGUCAUCCAUGGGAUUGAGACCGGUGGCCGUGCGGCCAGGGACGGCCGGCUCCAGGAAGGUGAUCACAUACUGACCAUCAACAAACUGGACAUCACUGAGAUGACCUUUGAUAGUGCCCAAGAGCUACUUCGUGACGCCAUGCGCACCGAAUCCGUCGCCCUCACCGUAGAGCGCGAGGCCCCGCCCCAACCAGAAGCCACUCCCCAGCAGGACGAGAUCACAGACACGCCCAAAGUGCCCCCCACGGUGCCGGCCCGCGCCCCGGCCACCUCCCUCAGCAAGGAGGAGGCGUCGCAGAAGGUGCACAACAUCAUCGCGCCGACCAACACGCGGCGCAUCGGUAGGAAGCUGUACGUCCAACUCAUGAAAGGUCCCCAAGGCCUGGGCUUCAGUAUCACCACCAGAGAUAACGCCGUGGGAGGCAAGAACCCUAUCUACAUCAAGAACAUCCUGCCCAAGGGGGCGGCCAUCGCAGACGGAAGAUGCAAACCAGGAGACCGACUACUGGAGGUCAACGGCAUUGAGAUGACCGGCAAGACCCAGAGCGAAGCGGUCUCCAUCCUCCGCAGCGUCCGUCUUGGGGGCGUGGUCAACCUCGUCCUGUCCCGCCAGGAUGCCAACUCCCCGUCCACCUCGGAGCAGGUCCUCCCAAGAGAACUGCCUGAAGAAAAGAACACAGAUGACCCGACCAACGCCAAGAACAAGCGAGUCCUGGUCUUCGACAUCCCGCUGAACGACACUGGCUCGGCCGGGCUUGGGGUGAGCGUCAAGGGCAAGACAUCUGGCAACGGGAUGGAAGGGGAGUCCAAGGACCUGGGGAUCUUCAUCAAGAGUGUCAUCCAUGGAGGUGCAGCUUCCAAGGAUGGGCGACUGCGUCCCAACGACCAGCUUCUGUACAUCAACGAAGAGUCCCUAGUCAGCAUCUCCAACGGCGGAGCCAUGGAGAUCCUACGCCGCUCCAUGUCCGGGGACAAGUCCCCCCGCGCCACCAUCCGGCUUGUCGUGGCCCGUCGGGUGGAUCCCGGCGAGACCACGCCCGACCGGCAGACCACGCCCGGCAGGGCGGAGUCUGUGGAUGAAGAAGGGCGGCCUGAGAGUCCCGUGUCUGUGUCAUCCCGGGCAAUGGACAUUGAUAUGGAUGCCAUGGAUGAGCUGUUUAAGCAUCCGGUCUUGAACAAGCUGAACGCAUUAGAGAAAUCGGAGUCUUCCAGGCAUCCCGUGGGGCCAGGAGGUGACGGUUACGUGGAGGAUGCUGGCCAGCUCUCCCCGACCAUGCCUAAAGGUGGAGCUGAAGUCGUCAUGAUAGAAGAUGCUGACAUUGAUGAUGCUAUUGCUAAGAUAGAUGCCGCAGGCCCAUCCUCUGCCAAGGCCCCCUCGCCACCUCAGUGGCUGGUGGAUACGUGGGAGAAAGCCGAACAAGACAACGGUGAGCUGAGUCCUGUCGACGACCCUUACAAUCAAUUCCAACGCGAUAGCUUUGCAAGACGGAGCUUUUCCGAGCGUCACAAGGGAUCCCUUGACGCAAAAGAGAUGGCUUGGUACAAGAGAAAGUAUGGCAACGAUCCACCCAAGGUAGCUCCCAAGACUGGCAAGAGCGCCAAGGGGGAUCCUCAACAAAAAGAUAUCGGAAUCAGUACCGGUAGCCUCGUCAAAUCCAGCUCCACCGACAACCUAGCCGACACUGCUAACCUGUCUUCCAUGCACCGUCUAACUGCCGACGAACGCAGGGACAUCGGCCCCUCCCUAGGCCUGAAGAAGAACAGCUCCCUGGAGAGCCUGCAGGCGGCCGUCGCCGAGGUUACGACCCGGGAUGACCGCCCGACCCGACCCAGGGCGAAGGUCGUGCGGGGUCGCGGCUGCAAUGAGAGCUUCCGGGCGGCGGUGGACCGGUCGUACGACCAGCCGCUCAACGGGAGUGCCGUCAAUUCUACCUCCAUGGAUUCAGUGAAAGAGAACGGCCACGCGCCGGUCAGGGAUGACCGCUCGUCCCGCGACGACCACUCCUCGGUCAGUAGCCACGACCCCGUCAUCAUGAAUCGAACCAACAGCUCCAAGAAGAACAACAAGAAAGAGAAGGAAAAAGACAAAAGGAAAUCUGGUGGCUUCAAGGGCUUCGGAUCCAUGUUCAGAUUCGGCAAGCAUCGCAGGCCGGAGCGGGACGGCAAACCAGGCGAGGAGGAACGGGACAGGAGUACGUCAGUGUCCUCCGACAAAUCCAAAGAGGAUAUGGAGAAAUACAAAGAGCAACAAGAGGAACAAAACUCCCGCAUCCAGGAGGAGGUACGCAAACUCCGGGAGCAGCGGAGCGUCAGAAGUCACAAGGAAGAGAGCGAGGAGGCGCGGCAUAAGGCCGAGCGGAUGCAGGAGCUGAGACAGCGGUACCAACGAGACCAUCGGGAGAGGCAGGGGCGUUACCGUGACGAUGAUGAAGACGAUGAUGAUGAUGAUGAUGAAGGGGGUGGUGAUAAGGAUGAGGGGUAUGGUGACGGCUCCCCGACGUCCCCAAGGAGUCCUGGACCUCAUUCUCCACACCGGGAUGUGACGGGCAGACACGCCCCAGAAUACAGAAACCAUGACCAGGAACGCUGGGAACGCCAGAGCGAGGGAAACCACCGCAGGGGGUCCCACAGCCAAGACGACAACCGAUGGCCCGACAGACGAGACGAAUAUCCCCACGGCAAUCGGGAUGAGAGACAGGAAGACAGGCGAGACAACGGCGAAGGCGAGAGCAGACAUCGCUACGGUCGACACAGUGUCCCUCCUUACAUGGAGUCCCGGUCUCGUAAUGAGCCGCGAGGUAACACGGACAAGGACCGGAAUCGGGAGUCGCGCACCACAGCCGACGUCCACAAUGAACCUCACUAUGCCUCUGUCGCCCGUAGACCCCGCCCCGACAAAAACGUUGAGCCGUCUGCCAGAGACAGGCGCGGUGAGAAGACUCUGGAACGCGAAAGGGUUAAACAAGUCCAGGAUGAACAUCCUUAUGCGUCAGUGGAAAGGCGGGACCCGCCAGACCGUAAUAUGCCAAAGCGGUCGCCAAACAAAAUCUAUGAGAGUGUGGAUGGGGACAGACAGCGGGAUCAUGCCCGGGAGGACAGGAACGGGGAUGAUUGGUAUCGGGAUGGAAAGAAAGAACGUGAGCAUAGACACCGAGAUGACAGACACCGGGAGGAUCGACCUCGCGAGGAGCGAUAUCAAGAGAUCCAACCUCGGGACAAGAGGUAUCAAGAGGAUGACAGACCGCGUGACCGGAGGUACGACGACAACAGGUCCCGAAAUGAUCGCUAUUAUGACGACCGACACCAAGAGGACAGGUAUCGCAACGACCGACACCGUGAGGAUCGGUAUCGCGAUGACCGGCACGGCGACAGACCCGAUGGCAGAAAGGCGGACAGAAGGGAUGACAGAAGGGAAGACAGGCAUGAGGUGGACACUGCCAGGAAACACAACGAUCCUGACAAAGUCAACAACAGCGAUGCCCAGCGCAAGCGCAAGGAGAGCGAAACCCUGAGUCGCAAAGACAGCGACGCUACCAAGGGCAAAGAGACUCUCAAACGCAAAGACAGCGACAAGGCGAGCAAGGAUAAGAAAUCUGACAAGUCCAAGGCUAAGGAGACCGAUAAAAAGGACAAGGAAGAACCCAAGAUGACCAGAAGGAAAAGUGAUAAGGAAAAGAAGAAAGAGAAAGAAAAGGAAAAGGACACAAAGAAAAAAGACAAGAGUAAUUCAAAAGAUGGUAAGUCCAAAGACAAGGAUGAGAAAGUGUCAUCGGAAGAGGAGAAGUCGGAGGAGAGGAACGCAGAGCCGAGACGAGAUCGCAGAGAUGACCCGAGGCGGGAUGCCAGGCAUCACGAGGACAGACGCGGAGAUACAAUGGACCGCAGACACCGCGGGGAACGGGAACGGGGAACCGGUGAUGGGAGGGAUCACCGGAGGGAAGAUGGCUGGCACGACGGGAGACGGGACGGGCGGGAGCGGCAUCGGAGCCCGCCCCCAGGGGACAAGUAUGGCUAUGGAAGUCUGGGCAGACCAGCACGCAGGCGACCUCCCAGCGACCCCAACCAGACCUACAACCGGGGCACCAGGGAAAGCGGCUACCAGUCGGACCACGACCGUCACCGCCAGGACAAUCACUACGACAGCAACCACCAUCCCCCUCCCUCCUCGUCCAAUCACAAGGGGUACGCCAACGGCCCCACAUCCAAUCACUACCCGGAGCAUGAACGCCGGCCCCGCAUGACGUCAUCGCAGAGUAUCGACCACGUCCGGGAUCGUGACUACCGGGAGGAUUACGGUUCGCUGAAGCACAAGAGUCGGUCGGAACGCCGCAUGCACUACUCCGAAUCGGGUCUGGACCACGACGCGGGCUACGACGCAGCUCGCGUCUGAUCACGGAGCUAAUUCUAAACUCCGGUACAAAAACGGGACCAAAAAAAUGUGGUGUUAUUAUAUGCAUUCAUUGUUGCCAUGGAUGCUAUUCUGUAAAGUACGGGAGAAAUAUUCACCACGAUUUGUUAAACGGAGUUAUGACUGUUUCCUGAUGUGUCUUUCUGUUUUACCGUUUGGAAGAAUGCGUAAGAAAUGUUUGUUUAAAAAAAAUAUCAUCAUUAGGGUGAAAUCAGAAAAAGGCAUAUUUAAGCAUUUGAAUUCAGUUGAAAAAAAAAUCUUUACAAAAAAAGAUUUUGGGUUAAAGUUGAUUAUCAUGUCAUUCCUGUUUCUGCCACGAAGCACCAAACCAAAAAUGUAACUCAAACAUGUUUUGUACUGCCAAUGAAAAAAAUUGAAAUUAACCACAGUACUAAAAAAAUAUUCAGUACUUGCUCCCGUUAUUGUUCCAAGAAUUAACAGCUUGGAAAGGCGUUGACAAGGUUUCUUGUUCCAUUUCCAAAGCCAAAUUAUGAUAAAAUCAAAUAUUUUUAGCCAGCAAAAUUAUUGCUUGUGGAUUCAUAGCAAAAAACAUCUUUUGUACAGCUCAAAUUGUUUGUUCCAUGAAUACUGUAUAGUCCUGUAGAUAACAAAUGAUUUUGUGUAAUUUGUAAGUUGGUCUCGUCCAACCAUAAACAUCUUGUACUGAUGUAUAUUCCACUACGUGCCUUGAAAUGUUUGCCAAAAUUUCGGUCCAUCAGACAGCCUUUGAAAACAUCGAAAAACAUGCGAAAUGAGUCUGACAAUGGGCCACUUCAAGCCUCAGAUUUAUUUUGGUGGUUCUCUUGUUUUAAUUUUCUUUUUGGCUCUUUAUCUUGAAACUUAUCUGCCGUUGAUAUUCAUAAAAAAAACAGCAAAUGAAUCCUGCGGAUAUGCAGUGAAGCAGGAAUAUCUAAUAGAAAUGAAACUUCAAAAUGAAAUUGAAGGUACGUGAACAAGUAUUACAUUCUUUCAUCUGUCUUGAUUAAAAUUUGACACAAGUUUCGUUUUGGGGGUUUUAGGUCAUUAAAAAAGAAAGACAUAUUUGGCAUUUCAAUCACACAAUUUUCUUCACUCUUACCUCAGUUUAAGGAUUUGGUUGUAAAUUGUUUGUACAGAACUUUGCUUUGCUUUUUUUUUUACACUUUAUAUGUAUUUAUUUAAAUAUAUUAGACAAAUAUUCAUUUACAAAAGUUGAGUUCUGGUUAGAACCGCAGUUUUAUUUCUCGGAAUGAAAAGCAUGACAUGUUUUUCAACAUGGUUAGAAAAAAAACCAAAUUCCACUAUUUGCACAAACCUGAAUAAGAUCACAUACAAUGUAUAUUAUUUUGUUCACACACAAAAAGUUGGCGCCACUAUGAAUUUUUUCCAUCAACCAAUGAAAAUGAAGGAUGUGAUUGUGCCGUUACGUGAUUGGCCAGUUGAUGCAGCGCAAUGCAUUGUGGGUGCGUCUGACAUUCAGAUACAGCACUUUUCUUGCUUAAUUUCACUACUAAUGUUUCUGUACAAGGGAUUUUGUUAACAGAACUUCACUGCAUGAUUAUGUUUAGUUAAAUUGUAAAAAAAACCUGUAAAAUAUUAUUUGUAAACAACAAAAAUCUUUCACGUUAUGUACUGUAUUCAGUGUACUUUAGUUAUUUGACGGGAACGUGUUUUUCUGGAUUAGAUUGGACACAGUGUUAAACUUAACUGUUGAAUAAUACAUAGACUUUGAUCAAAUGUAUUAAAUAUUCAUGAUUUAAUGCACCUCAUUUGCAUAAUUAGGAUAACAUUUUGCCAGCCAACUAUGUUUAUGUUGCGAGUUGCCUUGAAUUGUCUGCCUGCUUAUGUCAAUUAUCGUUCAGAUCAUGGACAGUAUUUUUCAAAAACCCGUGUCUUGUUUAAGAACAUGACACUUUUGUUUUUGUUUAGAUCAACAAUUAAUUUUCACAGAGAAUUUUGCAUAAAAAAAAGUUAUAGGAACUUUCCAGUUACAAAACGAACAUGCAACAAAUCUGUCACAUUCCACGCAUAACAAGUGCUCACAAAUCUGCUAUGCCUUUUUGUUUGGAUGUUGAAGCCUUUAAAUGAACGGAAAAAAAUUAUAUAAAUAUAAAAAAAAAUGAAAACUAACUUCAUAGAUUUGAAUGAUAAAUACGUAUUCACUUUGUGCUUCCGUACACAGAUUUUUGUAAUGAUGUGAUUUCACAAAAAACAAAACAAUUAAUGUAAUGUACUGGAAUUUUUUUUAAACGAUGCAUUGUAUUAUAUAUAUAAAUAUGUAUACGAUUAACAUGAAUUAACAGGUGUUUUUUAAACAAAAAUGUUGGCACAAAGCUGUGUCUAGCUAGCUUGCUGUGUGCAAGUGCUUGGGGAGGAAGAUUGAAUUUGGAGAGUUGUUGAAGCAAGGCCUGUUACGUUCCAGUGUUACGAUUCAAAGAUUUCUACGGUACAUUCUUCUGAUGUUUGACACUUUUUUCAUUACAUCAUGUACUCUGUUGAUAUUUUUUAUGUUCCAAAUGAAAUUGAAUGCUGGUUUCCAUGUGAAGUUAGGGGGAAAUCAUACAAAGUUUUGAAAACUUGUUGGCAGACAACGCCCCAUCGGGUAAUAUAAUUUGCAUAAGUGUGACCUGAUAGUUACAUUUAUACAUGUAGAUUGUUUGUGCUGCAUCUGUCUUUCGGGUGUGUGCUUUUGUCCAGCAGGGGUACGCAUGACUGAGUACACCUCUUGUGCAUCCGUUGUUUAUAACAAAACGCACCACAAAAAUGGACGCUAAAUGAAAUCGAUCUAUUCAGAACAAGCUUUCCAACCCUUUUAAAACAGUUAAAAAACACCCGCUUUUAUUUGUAGAGUUUGAAUGGCAGUUGCACCAUUGUUCAGGAUGAAUGUAGUAAAGUACGGUACAACACAAGUCCAUUACAGUAUUAAUACAAGUCGUCCAGCCCCUAUCCGGGUCGUUGGUUAUAAAAAGUUAUACACGCGCGCGCCCCACUGAUUUACUAGCGCCCAUUGGAUAAAACGCUCGAGUUGCGUUAACUUCCGGUUCCUUACUAAUGCAGAUCCAUGGCUACGCUACAAAAAUGCACUGUGUGAAAGUCGAGUCUCUAGCUAUUCAAAUGAUCUGUGACAGUCACCGUCCAUCAAGCCCCACCCCCAUGAUAUUUUGACCAAUCACAACCGUGAGAAAUGUCCAGCUUGCGCGUACUGAAGUCCAACACGCAUGCACGUGCGUACGGCGCGCAUCCAGAGAGGGGCACGUCACUGAUCUGCAUAUGGGCCAUAGAGCUGUAUAAUAUGGGCACGUAUGUGGUCACGUAUGCAGUGGGCGGGGCCUUAUAUAUCCUUGAUACGUGAUUGGCCUGUUCGGUGGACUACUACAAGUCUGAUUUGGAAACUGCUGGAGAUAGGGUUGGAUAGCUUGGUUGAUAGGGGGCGCAGUGCGGGUUUUCAUAGGUCGGAGGUUAAAAACCGAGUUCAGCUUAUUUUUGCUUUGAUGCAACUGAUGACAGUUAAGUUACAUUUGUGUUAUCGUUUAUUAUUUUACGAAACAGUUUACCUGUCAACUCGUCUUUUUGGGGUUAAAAUCACAUUAUAUUAUUCCUAUGUACUAUAUACUGUAAUAUUGCAACUUUUGUUCGUUUCAUUUUUAGAAUGCAGAAAUAGUUUCCAUAUUAUGUACCUUUUUAUACUCGCAUUAACCAUUAAAAUAUGCAUUUUUUGAUGGAGUGCAUAAA